CCUCUGUUCGACACACAACUCCUCAGAGGCUUCAGACCGCCUAAGCUUCUAGGAAAGAGCCAGCAAGGAACCAGAAGAAACCACCUACUUGAGAAGAAACAUGACUCCGAAGGUGGCUGUGGCUCUCCUGGCAGCCUUUCUGCUGUCUGCAGCUCUGUGUGAAGGUUUCCCCACAGCUGCGGCUUUGCCAGUGAUUGGUACAGAACUUCGAUGCCAGUGCAUAAAGACACACUCUGCCCCCUUCCACCCCAAAUACAUCAGAGAAUUGAGAGUGAUUGAGAGUGGACCUCACUGUGCAACUUCAGAAAUCAUUGUAAAACUCGUUGACGGAAGAGAUCUGUGCCUAGACCCCAAGCAAAAGUGGGUGCAGAAGGUUGUGCAAGUAUUUGUGAAGAGGGCUGAAAAUCAAAAUUCAUGAAAAAUCAAAGAAUUCUCCAUACUCUGCAAGAAUUCUUCAGUGAAGAUGCCAAAAUUAUUCAGAAAAGUCAAUGUCAGCAUUUCAUGUACUACAUGGCUCUAUCAUAGAGUGCUAGAUAAAAUAUACGAUUCUCAGCUAAAUCUGAAUUUCUGCAAAGUGAGUUGUUCUUUUCAUUGUCCCAUGCACGACAUAGGACAUAUUGUAUUGAAAAUUAUUGAGCCCUAUGGUAACAACAAAUAACUUUUAAAAUAUAAGAAUAGCGUAGUGCAUGAGGAAGCUAUAAAAAGAACAAAACUUAGACCAGGGGCUAGGAGAAUAUCGAGUUGUUAGUUUUAGGAAUGGAUUUGCUGGAAGUGUGAUGUUUCAAACAUCACGUAGAAAUGAGGGAACAACCAGUUUUGCUGAAAUUCAGAAUUAGCUGGAAAUAUUGGAUGUUUUAUUUGUUAAACCUGGCAACUCCGGUCUGCUGGAUCUGUGAGCUUCAUGUCAAUUAUCUUAAUUCCUAAACAAGAGAAAACGGAUCAGCCAUAUCCUAUCUCACAGGGGUGUUGUGAGGAUACAGGGAAGCACUUUGCAUUUUCAUUUUCACUUAAAUUAUUUUCAAGUGUAACUUAUUCACUUAUUUAUUAUUUAUUUAUUUAAGCAUUAGAUGUGACAAUAUGUGAACAGGAAUUUGGGAGCACGGGUAUGGGAGUGUUGUUGAUAGAACAGCAUGAUGAUAUUAGAAUGGAUUUAUAUUUAUUUUAUUUAGUAUAGGAGAGAACUUCUGAUCAGGAUUUGCAAUGAUAGCCAAAAGAUGAACUUCAGAUAAUAAGUACUUUUGAAAUUUUUGAGUGGAUAAUUGCUCAUGUGAAUUUUUUAAUUGAAAUGAAGGUCCUGGUUUUUAUCUUCUUUGUCUUGUGUUGUCACUGCCGGAUUCACUAUGCAAUGUUGUGUUGAAGCAAAGAAUUUUCAGUUAAGAUUCUCUGUCUCAAGACAGCAAAAGGCACCAGGCAAUAUGGGUUAAGUAAUACUUGCUAGAUAAGAUCAAUUUAUUAUGCACUUAUAGAUUCUUAUAAUUCAAUGAUUGUGAUUUCAGACUUUAUUUUUUGUAAAUUUAAGAUGAUGUAUUUAUGUUCCCCAAAAUUUCUUCUACUGUUUUUGAUAGUAUGGAAAUAUAAGUGUAAUCAUGAAAUAUUUAAAAAUUAAAAUAUAACUUAUUGUAGAAGUUA